CACGAUUGGAUUUUCCCACCAGCCAUUUGUCCGACUUACAGCGGAGUACUCCUCCAGCGUAAUUUUCGUACACGCUUGGCGCUCAAUUUUCAAUCCGACCGGCCCGAUGUAGGACUUGUUCGCAAGUAUAAAGACGCGGCUGCCCGGGGAACAGAGCAGCAACAACAAAACCCCUCACCUCUUCUCAAUGAGCGCACCCGUCGAAUUCACUGUCUUCAAGGGCUCUAAGAACGACCGCAUCGUCGAAGCCACGACCUCCCGCCCCGCCCCAACGGGUACCCAGGUCCUCGUCCGCAUCACGCACUCUGGCAUCUGCGGCACCGAUGAACACUUCAAGCACACCGACAUGGCGCUCGGGCACGAGGGUGUCGGUGUCGUCGAGAGGAUCGGCUCUGGUGUGACUCAGCUACACGUCGGCGACGUUGUCGGGUGGGGCUACAUUCAUAAAACGUGCGGGAAGUGCGACCAGUGUCUUCUCGGCCACGACCAGUACUGCGAAGACAAGGAGAUCUAUGGUACCCACGACUUUGACCAAGGAUCCUUCGGCACCUACGCUGUCUGGGAUGAAGCCUUCUUGUUCGUAGUACCGCCCACCCUUGCCCCAGAAAAUGCCGCACCUCUCAUGUGUGGUGGCGCGACCGUCUUCGAGGUCAUCGAGUCAUAUAACAUCCGGCCAACGGACCGUGUAGGCGUCAUCGGCGUCGGCGGGCUCGGCCAUCUCGCGAUCCAGUUCCUGGCCAAAAUGGGUGCCUCCGUCGUGGUAUUCUCCAGCUCGAACUCGAAGCGCGACGAAGCGCUCAAGCUCGGCGCGGACGAGUUCUACGCGACGAAGGACGUGACCAAGUUCGAGAACGUGAAGCCGCUCGACCACCUCCUAGCCACCACCAGCUUCAUUCCCGACUGGAGGCCAUACCUCGGCGUUAUGAGGCCCAAGAGCAGCAUCUAUCCGCUCACGGUCAGCCCCGACGACCUCAGGAUCCCGCUCAUGGGCUUGAUUGAGGGAGGCAUUACCAUCCAGGGCUCGGCUGUCGCUGCCCGCUCCGUGCAUCGUCGUAUGCUCGACUUUGCGGCCCGCAACCAGAUCACACCGAUGAUUGAAACAUUUCCUAUGACGAGGGAAGGUGUCGAGGAGGGCAUGGCCCGUCUAAGGGAGGGCAAGGUCAGAUAUCGGGCAGUCCUCGUCGUGUAGAGGCUCCCGGCGCCUAGUUUACCAAAAGUUUUACGAUAUUUGACGCAUAUUAGAUCACCUAGACCAGCAUUCUAAUGUACUUACAUACAUCUACAAUUGUAAAACAUCAUUACACUUCGAGUUCUCUAAGGAGACAAAUUUCCCAAUUCUAUGUUCAGGCGCCGGGACCACUGAAUGCAGUGUGGUUUGUCAACCAGGACGGAAGUUU